UAGUCAUUUUCAACUGAUUUUCGAAAAUUCUCCUAAUUCUCAUUUUGUUUUUAAUUAAAGUCAGCCCUCCCAAAAUCCAAAUUCACACCCGACAACUACCACCAUGAACAUGAACUUGAUUCUUCCCAAUUGCCUCAAUCCUCCUCCUCGACUCAGAUAUGCCCCGCCCGAAAGUCGCCCGAGAGUAUCUACGGGGCGGAUUUCGACCUUUGCCGCGGCGUCAGCGACGACUUCGAGGGCUCCGAUUCAAUUGGAAAACAAGGACCUCGUCCUACAAAGAAAAUCGACCAGUGCAAUGGAGCAGCUCGACAUAGAACGCGGCGUCUGCGUGCCGUUCCGGAAGUACACUCCCGAGACGGUAAGGACCAAAGUGUUGGAAUCGAGAGGGGCUGUGUUAUCACUGCUUCUACGAGGCGUGGAGAUAGUCUGGAGCUUGGGAUUAUACUGGUCCACCUUGAUGUACGAUUGUUUCAUCGGGAGGGAUGAAGAGGUGGUUCCGUAUCGAGCUCGACAGCUGAGGAAUCUCUUGUGUGAUUUGGGGCCUUCGUUUAUCAAAGCAGGACAGGUUCUCGCCAAUAGACCAGAUAUCAUUAGAGAAGACUAUAUGAAUGAACUUUGCAUUCUUCAGGAUGAUGUUCCUCCUUUCCCCAAUCAGGUUGCAUUCAACAUAAUUGAAGAGGAGUUGGGGCAACCCCUUGAAGCUGUGUUCAGCAAAAUUUCGUCAAAAACAAUAGCUGCUGCAAGCUUGGGUCAAGUUUAUAAGGCCACCUUACGUGCUACAGGAGAAGAUGUUGCAAUUAAGGUGCAAAGGCCUGACAUAGAACCCAUUAUAUAUAGAGAUCUUUUUCUCUUCAGAACUCUUGCUUCUUUCUUAAAUGGCAUCAGUCUACAGAAACUGGGGUGCAAUGCUGAGUUGAUAGUUGAUGAAUUUGGAGAGAAGCUCUUGGAGGAGCUUGAUUAUACAUUGGAAGCAGGAAAUAUUGAAGAUUUUUUGGAAAACUUCAAAGAUGAUCCCACUGUUAAAAUUCCACGGGUUUACAGAAAGCUCUCUGGUUCACAUGUUUUAGUGAUGGAAUGGAUAGACGGUAUUCGAUGCACAGAUCCACAGGCGAUCAAGACUGCUGGCAUUGAUGUUGAUGGGUUUUUAACAGUUGGAGUAAGUGCUGCCUUGCGACAAUUGCUGGAAUUUGGGUUGUUUCAUGGAGAUCCUCAUCCCGGAAAUAUUUUUGCUAUGCGUGAUGGUCGCAUUGCAUAUGUCGAUUUUGGGAAUGUUGCAGUUCUUAGUCAGCAAAACAAGCAGAUUUUGAUUGAUGCGGUCGUUCACGCUGUAAAUGAGGACUAUGCUGAGAUGGCAAAUGAUUUCACUAGGCUGGGUUUCUUGGCUCCGGGGACUGAUGUCUCUCCUAUAAUUCCGGCUUUAGAAGCAAUCUGGCAGAAUUCUGUUGGAAAAGGACUUGCUGAUUUUAAUUUCAGAAUUGUUACAGGGAAAUUUAAUCAAUUGGUUUACAAUUAUCCGAUCCGUAUACCAGAGAGGUUUUCUCUUGUUAUCCGUUCUUUAUUGACUCAAGAAGGCAUCUGUUUUACCCUGCAGCCAGAUUUUAAGUUUCUUGAGGUGGCCUAUCCGUAUGUAGCAAAGCGGCUCUUGACAGACCCAAAUCCAGCUCUUCGUGAACGCCUCAUUCAGGUUCUCUUCAAAGAUGGCAUUUUCCAGUGGAAACGCCUUGAAAAUCUUAUUGUCCUUGCCAAAGAAAAUGUCACCAAAAUGAGCAGCAACCCCGCAUUGCAAGUAAAGGACAGGAGGCAAACUUCAAGAAACUGGCAGCUUGAGAGGAAGCUGGACCUGACAGAUACUAUUAAAGACGGUGCUCGCCUUUUUUUUAUCGAUGAGGGGAUCCGCAGACAACUUCUUCUUGCCUUGACUGAAGACUCAAAGCUUCACAUUCAAGAGCUUGUAGAUGUGUAUCGACUGGUUGAAGACCAAGUAGAUUUUCCUUCAGUAGCCAGAGAGGUUGUGCAAGACUUUCCAGCUGUUGUCCGGGAUAUCAUGCUGUCCUGGAGCAAUUCAGUCUUAUCUGACAGAUGAUUAAAUCUCUUUCUGUGACACCGUCGGACGAAACACAUACGAUUUGAUACAGGUGAGCAUGAUAUGAAGUAGAUGGAAAUUUUAUACCUUUUUUUUUUUGGAUUGGGGGAGAGUCUUCUUUUCAAGUUGUAAAUGCGAGUUGAUGUUAUAGUACAGAACAUUUCAUACCACCUGACCUAUGUAUAGAAACCACAUUUCAUGCCUACGUAUAGAAACCAUUUUUGGAUCAUAUAAAUUACUGUAUGAUUUAGCAAAGGAUGACUCUCUAUUUAAUGGCAACAAAUUGUGAGAGAACGGGAACAGGUAUUACUGUA